AUGAAAAAUAUUAGUCCAGAUGGAGAUUCGAUGAUAAAAACUCCUUCUGAUAAUAUUCUUAACGUACAACAACCAGUACCUAGUUGUACCGAUCAACUACCAGCUGAUACUUAUCCAAUGCCAAGAUGUAUCUCUAAUAUUAUAGCAAAUUAUCGUUUAGAUAAGUUUGAUAUCGCAAAGGCAAUGAGUUAUCGAUCUAAAAGACGAACCAGUCAUUUGACUACUUUUUUUGCUGAAUUUGUUGGUUAUGAUCUUAUCAGUUCAUCAAACAAUCUUCCAGAUAAUCCAUUGUAUAUACCAUCUGAUGAUGCAACGUAUAACUCAUAUUCAUAUAAUUCAGCAACGUCAUUACCAGGUCAAUUAAGUAGUUUGAGGUCUCUUCCUUUCAAUCGAUCGGAUUUUCUUACUACUGCUACACAAAAAUCCAAGCGUAAUGGUUACAAUAAUUUAACACCUUUUUUGGACCUGAGUCCUAUUUAUGGUAUUACUGCUGAAAGUGCAAAAAGUCUUCGUGAGGGUAAUAGAGGAAAAUUAAAGACCAGUGGAAAUGUGGCUGAUCCUUACCCAUUUAAGGAUCCAACAACAGGAAAUUAUGUCCUUGGAACUGUCGGAGUACGAUCAAACAAUAUUUUUACAAUGUCCAUACAGACUAUUUGGCUACGCGAACAUAACAGAUUAUGUGAUGAGCUUUAUAUAAAAUAUGGUGACGAAUGGACUGAUGAUCAAUAUUUUGAAGAGGCAAGGAAAUGGAAUAUUGCAUUUUAUCAAAAAGUUGUUGUAGAAGAAUAUCUUAAUGUCAUACUGGGUAAACAACUACCGCCAUAUCAAAAAUAUGAUCCAGAUCUAACUCCAGGAAUUGAUGUUUUUUUUUCAACAGUAACAUUCAGAUAUGGUCAUAGUGAUAUGAGUGAUUUUUUUCGAAUUCAAGAUGAAAAUGGUGAUACAGUUAUUGAAUUACCAUUACAAAAUGUUACAGAUACGAGCUUACUAGAAAAAUUUGGUGCAGCGAGAUUGUUGACAUCAUUGUCUUUACAGCAUCAAGAAGAAGCCGAUAUAUUUUAUUCUGAUGCAACAAGAAAUAUUAGAUCACCUGAACCAAACACUUAUGAUCUUAUAGCAUUUGAUUCUCUAAGAGCUAGAGAUAGAGGGAUUGGAUUAUAUAAUGAUGUUCGUCAGGCAUAUGGUUUAACAAGGAAAGAUUCGUGGGAAAGUAUAACUUCAGUUAAGGAAAUACAGAAUUAUCUACAACAAUUAUAUCCUAAUGGAACUAAUCAAUUAGAAGCUUUGGUUGGAGCAAGAGUUGAAGAUCAUUUAAAUGAUUCAAACUUUGGUGAAUUGAUGAGCACUAGUAUGAUUACUCAAAAUAAAGAGAACGGCUUGUUUACUGAUUAUGAUAGAACCAUUACAUUUAGAAAUAAAACAACAUUUAGAGAUAUUAUAUUACGUAAUUUAGAUUAUACUUUUCAAACACUAAUCCCACAAAAUAUUUGGACAGUCCAACCACCACAGAAAUUAUCUGAUUCAACAUCAAAAUACCCUGGUCGUAUUGCUUUAUGGCCAUCAGCAUAUGUUAUUGGUUAUGAAAUUGUUGGAGAAUUUAUUAAUUUCCAAGUUCAAAUACUAACUACAAGUGGUAAUGCAUGGUUUGGAAUGGGAUUUGAUCCUGACGAUAAUGGUGGAAUGAUUGGAGCAGAUUUUGUAAUUGGAAUUAUUUCUAAUGGAAAUCUAUCAUCUUUAUCAAAUUAUCGAUCUAAUCCAACUGAUUACAGGCCUCCUAUGCCUGAUGGAGAUGAUUCGGAUUUAAAAUUAACCAAUUUUACACUUUCUAAUAAUGAUGAUUUUGCAAUUGUUGAAUUCUCAAGACCUUUAGUACCUAAUGGAAGAAAAGGGAUUAAAAGAGGAAAUAUGAAAUAUAUUUUGGCUUAUAACCCUACAAGUUCAGUAUUUUCGUAUCAUCAAAAUAAUCGUCAAAUGACAACGGUUGAUUUUUACAAUAAUCAAAUUUCAUCAUCGUCUGUAUCUGAUGGUCAAAGAUUAGUGAAAUUAGCUCAUGGAAUUGGAAUGUUAUUAAAUUGGUGUGUUAUAUUUCCUGCUUCUAUUUUUAUUGUAAGAUAUUACAAACAUACCAAUAGUUACAUCAAGAUACAUCGAUUUCUACAAUUGUUUGGUAGUAUUUGCAUUUGUGGUUUUGGUGCAGCAUCUAUGGCAACAAUUAGUCCAAAAACAAUUCAUUCAUGGCUGGGAAUAUCAAUAUAUGUUUUGUUAUUUGUUGAACUUGGAUUAGGCUUAAUAUCAAUUUGGGGUCAAGUAGCAAUAGUCUCAGUUAAUCAGGGAUAUCCUAGGCUUGUUAAAAGAGUUCACAGAUUUUUUGGUCUGGCUUUAUUAAUAUCUGCCUGGGUAAAUGUGUAUUUUGGAAUUGACUCAUAUUGUUUAUUUUAUGGAUAUGAAUCAUUAUAUUAUAAAAUUGCAUAUUGUAUAUGGAUUGGCAUGGUAAUAAUAACAUUUAUAUUUGGUGAAUAUUGGUGGAAUUUUAAAGGAACUUGGAAAUGGAAAUAUACCCUGUCGAAUUUUGAAAAAGAAAAUGAAAAGAAAAAUGAUAAAAAAUCACUUUUUUUAUUGCAUAUUCCCAAAGAAGAUUUUGAUAGAUUGCCAGAAUUUACAUGGAGUGAAGUUAAUGAACGUGUUCAACGCGGUGCAUAUUUAGUAGUUUGUGAUGGGUUUAUUGUUAAUAUGAGAAAAUGGAUUAGGGUACAUCCUGGCGGGGCAAAAAUUCUUGAACGUGUCAUAGGAACAGAUAUAACAAAUGAUUUUUUUGGUUAUAAAGGUAAAGAGAUCGUUGAGGAGAUUGAUUUACCAGAAAUAAAAUCUAUCCCAACUGGCUAUUCAACAUCAAUAUUAGGGCAAUAUACUGAUAUUUUACGUGAGAGGACAAAAAAAUACACAACUCAAAAAAAUUCAGUUGCACAAGUUGUUGAUGAUAUGAAUGUUAAAUAUUUCUUAAAGGCACCUUUGGCUAUACACCCACAUAGUUUGUUUGCAAUUAAAAAAAUAGCAACAAUGAUUGUAGCAAAAUUAAAAGAAACCCCAGAUCUUGACUUAUCAAUGUUACAACCUGCACCGAUAUUUGGUCCAUCAAAUGCAGUCGAUGGAGGAUUAAGUGAUGAGGAAAUGGCUAAACAAGACACAGCAUUUAGGAUAAAGUUCCGCAGAUACAAAUUGACAAGUAAAGUGCCCAUCAAUGGCAGUAAAAAAUAUCCAGUGAUGAAAUUCACAUUCACAAUAGUACAUCAAAAUGAAGAUGAAGCUUAUAAAAAUCGUCAUCAUAAAUUGAAAUUCUUGCCGGGACAUUAUAUUGAAGUACAAUCAAGAAUUAAAGGACAAGUGGUAAUUAGAAGCUAUACACCAAUAGAGGGCAACAUUGUUAAAAGUUUUAGUAUUUUUGUUAAAGUGUAUCCAGAUGGAUUAAUGUCACGACAUUUGAACGAACAAUUAAGAGGAUAUGAAAUUCAAGUGAGAGGACCGUUUGAUGUUGGAGAUAGAGAAAAUUUACAAACACAAUUAUUAUCCCAGACUGUUGAUGCAUCAUUACAAUAUAGAAAAUCCAGUUUGACCGGAAGAACUACUCCAUCAUUCAUAUCUUCAUCAACAAGUUCUUUACUUAAUCCUAAUACUCAGGAUGGCCAUUGGCAAGAAUUAUUCAUGAUUUGUGGUGGUACUGGAAUUACACCAAUGUUACAAUUGAUAACAUAUCAUUUAGAAUUGUGUAUGAGACGUAGUCAUGCAUCAACAAUACGUAAUAAACGAGUAACAAUGCAUUUGUUAUAUGGCAAUCAUAGAAUAGAGGAUAUAAUUAACGGUGUAGAACUAGAAGAGUAUGAAAUAAGUAGUAGGGGUAUGCUAACUAUAACAUAUGCACUAAAUAUACCAGAUCAAGGUUGGAAAGGGGAAUAUGGUAAAAUUGAUAAUGAAAUGAUUUCAAAUUGGUUAAGUUCAAAAUCAAUUAGUGCAAGUUCACCACCACAACUUUAUAAUGAUACUUUAUCAUAUGUUGGUUCAUUAAAUAAUGAUAAUGAUAAUGAUAAUUCGCCACCAAUAGUGCCACAUCAUACAAGACCUCAUAAAACACCACCACCAAUUAUGAUGAAUAAUAAUAAUCAGAAUAAAUAUUUAACAAUGACACCACCACCACAAUCAUCAAGUCCUCUAUUGAUUACUAAUUCAAUAACUGAUCCAAGAUCUGUAAAUGAUGACAAUUAUAUUAUUAAAUUUCAUGGUAGUGACGGUACAAUGAGUGAAAGAUAUAGUAAUGUUAUUAUUAAUAAGAGAAAACCUAAACUUGAUCCUAACAGUAAAAUAAUUGUUUGUGGACAUAUAGAUAUGAUAAAUGUUGUUGAGCAAUCGUUGAAAGGUCUAGGUUAUACUGAGGAAGAUUUUAUAUUAAUAGCAUAG